UACACUGUCUUUGGAUUGUAGACUUCUAGAUGCGUGAAAUAAACCAUACGACCUUUUAGAAUGUGGCAAAGUUUCAAAUGUUCAAAAUCAUCACUUUACUAAAAAUACAGGCACCAAGUCAGUUUUUGCCAAAAGAUGUUGUUUCCUACUUUUAGGAAACAACGACCAUUAUUUUAGGAAUGGUCAAAAUGUUUUCCACCCUUUGCAUAUCAGCAGAAUAAUCCAGUUAUUGGCAUAAUUAAAUUGUCUACCUCAAUAACUAUUUAUGUUGUUGUUUUAUUGCAGCCUAUUGGAUCUAAAGGGGAAAUACCAAUAAACCUCUGACUUUGUCUAAAAGUUGUCAUUCAACAAUAUAUCUCAGCUCAUCAAGCUUUCUCUCCCAGAGCCAUGGAUGUAAGUGCAUAAAUCAGGACUGCAAAGACAUGACCCAAAAUACAACGAAUUGCUCCGAAAUCUUUAAAAAUUCAAAAGAUGAUGCCGAAGUUUAUUGUGAUGCUCCUGCGCAGAUCAAGCGGUACUACAGCUUGAUGGACGACGAUGAAGGGCCGGACGAUGUGUUCAUCCAGCCCCCUUCUCCUCCACCCUGCAGGGCUGUUUUGUCGCCAACAGAGGGAAGCAGAAGCGCAACACCAGCUGAUUCUGGUGUGACCCUACCAACCGAAGCGGCUGACGCAACAAGAGCUAAUCCCUGCAGCUUAGCCAGGCACCAUGGUGAGAAGCAGUUAAUGGCAGCACGGAACGAGCUGGAUGAAGAGAUAACCAGUACAAUGCAGCCCUCAAUGGAGCCUAUGGAUGACACAUUGCUUUCCAAUGACAUGAACUCUACACCAAUGGAUUAUCAAGACCAAAAAUCCACGAAUGACUCAGCUUGUCUGGUGGAGCGACGCCAUGACAAAACUGGAAAAGCAGAGAGGAAUAACACAUCAGGGGAUGAAGAAUCAAAUGAGGAGCCUGAAGAUGGCCCAACGCCAUGGAAAGAAGAAGAAAACUAUAAACAAAUAUAUACAGACGUGGACGGAAACCCAGGGGAUACAACUAAUCAAGAGAAAGAAUGUGACAGAAAUUACAAAGGUAUUUCUUGCCUUGAGAGAGACUUGGAGUUAUCAAGGACAAUGUCUGAUCUCAAUAAAAUCAAUGAUUUCACAUUUUCAGAGCCAUCAGAAUUUACCAAUGAUGGAACGGAGGAAAGAACCAAGUGCGGUACCAAGGAAGAGUAUGUAGUAUGUAGAACCAGAUCUUCGGACAACAUCCUCACAAGCUCUGAGCAAGAAUCUGAAGAAAUGAUUGAGCAGGUCGAUGGGAACCGGAGAAUAGCUUCUGACAUCCAACAAGGAGAGCAACUGCUGCAGCGUCUGCAAAUGGUGCAGCUACGACAUGAUGACAUCCCAAAUACAUCCCAGGAGAUUAUCAAAGUGGCAAAAGCUGAGGAAGAAGAUAAGUUUUGGUCUGAGGUUGACAACGGGGGAGUUAGAGGAAAGAGUGUAACAAGUGACGAAAAUGAAGAGGAGGGUGCAUCAAAUGAGAAGGAACGGAGGGCAAAUGUGACAGAGAACAAAAACAAUGAGGACAAUGACACAGAAGCAAGGACAACUAUUUCAACGCCACCAGGAAUGGCACAGCACAAGCAGAUCAACACAAAAGAUGCAGACGAGUCUUUGGACGACUACAGCGAAAUCUUGCUAUCUUCAACUUUGCCACUUCACAGCCCUUGUGAAAUGCCCGGUGAAAUACCAUUCAUUUCUGCCGGGCAUCGAUUUUCAGCUGCUGAAACUUCAAUGGAGAAACAGAUCCAGGAGACGGCGCGGGCCAGGCAGAACUUGCAGAGGGCUGGGGGUGUUUUCAACCUUGCAGAUAAUCCGGAUGUAUUGGAAAUUCCAUUCAAGACAGAUGUUUCUCUUGAGUCACUCCUUACGAAGGCAUGUACCGUCCAGCAAAGCCAGUGGCAGUUUUCUGAAAAAAAGAUGCAGAAAGAGAUAAGCCAGGAAAUUCAAAGGGAGCUGGUGCUGGUCAACCAGGGUAAGAUUCCUGGGGAGUACUGCAAAGGGGAGGCCCGUCAGCUAAAGGAGACAAAACUGCUGUUUGAGGCUUUUCAGCAGGGCAACAUGGAGGGACCUACAAGGCAUAAGAAGCUCCCUACCACAGCAAUGAAGGGUCCCAUUUACCCCUCUGUUCUGGAGCGCACACGAAGCCUUGAGAUGUUUUCCCUCAAGACCUGUCUUGUCUCUAGGGCGCACUCUCUGAGGCUUUGCAACUCUACAACCCUCGAAGGAGACAAAAGUCCAGAAACCCUCAGAUCGAAGAGCCCAACUGGGGGUUCUCGUGACAAAAUGCGCUCAUCUUCUUACUCAAAACACGACAAGCACCUACGACUGCACAGGAGCAUGGACUCAAUAAAUAGCGAAUCCUCCGCUUCCGCUGUGGAGUUUACGGGUAAAACAAAGGAAAGGCAAGGAUCCCCCAUCCUGUGGCAAAACCCUUUCUUCAAGCUGCGCCCAGCCAUGGCCCUGCAGCCGGAGGUGGAGAAGGACAUUCGGGAGGCUAAGGAACGAGAAGAAGAACUGCGCAGACAGCGGUGCACACUGUAUGGGGAGGACAAACAUAAAACUGAAGAUGAAGAAAAGCAUCGGUGUACAAAGAUGCUUAAAUCAGAUGUCAAACUACAGUCCAGGGGAAAGCUGGAGAGACUUUGGCCACCUCCCUCUAAAACGGAUCAGAAGAAAUCUGGGGAUUUGCAGCAGGAGGCGAAAGUUCAUAGAGCCGGAGGUCAGAAGGCUCCUCUGUGGCAUCUCUGGGAGUCCGGCCUGAUCAACGGCCAGCUGUCAGAGGAGAAGGAGUGAUGCCGGCCGCUUUUGUGGUGCAGGACCACAAACAGAAUCCCAGUUAGCGACAGAGCCACCAUCCAAGCACAAACAAAUCAGGGAAAAUUAGAACAACAGAAAUUUUUGUGUUAGUUCCAACUUCACCGCUUUCGGACUCUUCGGGCUCCGCUUUGUGUUUGUAUCAAAACAUGCUUUUGAUUUUUACUUUGAUAUAAAGUAGUCUUGUAUGGCAAGUAAGCAGAGCACAUAUUUAUUUAUGUUUUUCAUACUUAUGUUUCUUUAUCAUCAUGUAUUUAUUCAGGACCAACAGAUAUUCUUUGAAAAAUCCUGUUUUGUUUUUUUAGGGGGGGUUCUGAACAUCACUGUGCAGUUGGAGUAUUUAAUCUUUUAUCGCUUAGGCUGUGUUGCAUUUAAAGUAUUGUAAAGGUUUAUCAUUUUGGUCCUGGUGAGUCUUAGAUCGAAUCUGAACCCCAUCAGGGAACAUCUGGAUUGUUUUCAGCUUAAAUUGUGUGUUGGCUUUAUUAAAAUGAGUUUAUACUCGUA